CGAUCCGACUGUUUCAGGCGUCGACGGACACUCACCAUGGGAAGCCCCAACAAUAAGCCCAGAGCCUUCACAUCUCACACUCACCAUGGCCUCUGCACCCGCACCCACCAGAUUGCUGCCCUAGCCCUCAUCAUCGUCACCUUCUUCCUCACAAGGCUCCUCGAUCAGUCCUUCUCUUCCUGCGCCUCCCAAGCCUCUGUUGCUCAGCUUCCUGGUUCUCGGACUGUCCUGCGUGUUAACGGCGGUGGGUCCCUGUCGUGGCCCGAGCGCGGGUACGGGUCUCAGCUCUCCCUCAAGAUCUACGUCUACGAGGAGGAUGAGAUCGACGGCUUGAAGUCAUUGUUGUAUGGGAGAGACGGUUCGAUCCCCACGGAGGUUUGCGUUACAGGCCAGUGGGGGACUCAGGUUAAAAUACACAGACUUCUAUUGAAAUCAAGAUUUAGAACAAGAAGGAAAGAGGAAGCAGAUCUAUUUUUUGUGCCAACUUAUAUUAAAUGUGUUCGGAUGAAGGGAGGUCUGAAUGACAAAGAGAUUGAUCAAAUGUAUGUGAAGGUCUUAAGUCAAAUGCCAUAUUUCAGGCUAUCUGGUGGCCGAAACCACAUAUUUGUUUUCCCAAGUGGUGCUGGGCCUCACUUGUUUAAAUCCUGGGCAACAUACUUAAACCGCUCAAUAAUUCUUACUCCUGAGGGGGACCGUACAGACAAAAAAGACACAAGUGCCUUUAAUACGUGGAAAGAUAUCAUCAUUCCCGGAAAUGUUGCUGAUGAGAUGACUACAAAUGGAGCUACCCUUGUACAGCCUUUGCCUCUAUCAAAGAGGAAGUUCUUGGCAAACUUCUUAGGCCGAGCACAGAGAAAGCUUGGUCGUCUUCAAUUAAUAGAGCUUGCGAAGCAAUACCCUGAUAAGUUGGAAUCUCCAGAGCUGCAGUUCAGUGGCCCUGACAAAUUAGGCAGGAUAGAGUAUUUUCAUCACCUGCGCAAUGCCAAGUUCUGCUUUGCCCCUCGUGGGGAGUCAUCAUGGACUCUUCGUUUCUAUGAGUCCUUUUUUGUGGAGUGUGUCCCAGUGAUUUUAUCAGAUCAAGUAGAAUUACCUUUCCAGAAUGUCAUUGACUACACCCAGGUAUCAAUCAAAUGGCCAUCCUCUCGAAUUGGACCCCAACUUCUGGAGUACCUAGAAUCAAUACCAGAUAAAGUGAUAGAGGAGAUGAUAUCCCGUGGGCGAGAGGUGAGGUGUUGGUGGGUUUAUGCUUCAGAAUCAGAGCCGUGUUCAGCAAUGCGCGGAAUCAUGUGGGAACUUCAGAGAAAAGUGAGAAAAUUCCACCAGUCAACAGAAACAUUCUGGCUGCACAAUGGAUCUAUUAUAAAUAGAAAUUUGGAACAAUUCUCUAAUUGGAAACCUCCCAUGCCUUUGCCUUGAUUAUGCCCAGAAGAUGAUCCCUACUGCUUGUCUCGUUCCCUAUAUGCAAUGCCCUAAAUCCCCUCUAUAAUGGGUGCCAUAUUUUUCUUUAAAUUCUAUUGAAUUUCUUCCUGCCAAGCUUUAGGGUUGCACUGAACUUGUGGAGACUUUCUUUCCUCUUCAUUGGCUGAUCUCCUGUCUUGGUGGUUAUGCAUACACGAAUAUAGGUACAAUAGCCAUAAUUAGUUAUGUCCGGGUCCCCUCCUAUGAUUCCAGUAUUUUCCUUUCUUCUUUUUGUCUCCCAUGCUUUCUGAAAUUCCAUGUCUUUUAUUUGCGGCAUUCCAUGUUAGUUGUUACUUAAUUCACAGAUUCUACUCUGUAUCAAUCACUUUCCCUCAAAGUAUGAACUCUCCUUUGGAGAGGCUUUCUGAUUCCUGAGAACUGGAAGCAUUUUGGCUGAUUUUAACUUGCAAUCUGAAUGUAUAAUGAUGUGGUGGCAA